AUGUUGCCUCGCAACAAAGCCAGCGGCAGUCUCGGUCCGCUCGCGGAAAACUCUUCGAUGGCCUUCCAUCGCGGCGGCGCCUCUGCGACCGGCGCCGCGGGGCGGCGACGCGCCGGCCGCCAGGAGCUCCGCGAAGAACAGAAAAUGGAAGUCAAGGAAGCGUUCGAUCUCUUCGACACCGACAAAACUGGACGGAUUGACUACCACGAACUAAAGGUGGCGAUGCGAGCUCUCGGUUUCGAGGUGAAGAAGGCGGAAGUCCUCGAGCUGAUGCGUGCCUACGACAAACAAAACACCGGGCAAAUUGACUACAGCGACUUCCUAGAAAUCAUGACUCAGAAGAUCCUCGAGCGCGAUCCUGCGGAAGAGAUGGCGAAGGCCUUCAAGCUGUUUGACGACGACGAUACAGGGAAGAUUUCUCUGAAGAACUUGCGACGCGUCGCGCGAGAGCUGGGCGAAAACCUUUCUGAUGACGAGCUGCAGGCGAUGAUUGACGAGUUCGACAGAGACUGUGACGGCGAAAUCAGCCAAGAGGAGUUCUUCGCGAUCAUGAAGCAGACGAGCCUCUACUGA